AUGUAUACGCCUCAGUUUAAUGGCCCAUUUCGCAUCAUAACCACUCGUGGCUCUCGGGUAAUUCUCCCGGCCUCUUAUACAGAGUGGGUAAAGAAUUGUCUGGAUUUAGAUCAUCAGGCGCUUGUACACGAUGAAUAUUUCGCAGCAUACCCGGGGAUGGAAGGACAAAGGACUGUCACUGAUCCCAGAAAGAUUCUGAUAAAUGUCACCAAAACGAAACUGAAUAAUCAAAACAGUCAGUGUAAGCUGUUCCAUGAACACCUUACGGAGGCUCUAGAAGAGAUCUGGACAGAUUGUAGCGAUUGGCACACCGUUGAUUGGUCUCAGCACGCAGUCCGCUUCAUCGGGCGAAUGUCAGCAUCUGUUUUUGUCGGACCUGAAUUAGCUCGCGAUCCUAAAUGGCAAGAAUUAAUUCUUACUUCGACGAUAAAUACCUUUAUGGGGGUUCGGUCUCUCCGCGCUUGGCCAGCUUUCCUUCGUCCACUGGUUCAUUGGUUUUUGCCAGAACUCAGAAAGUGCCGUCAGCAACUUCGUCUUGCUCGUCUUAUAUUGCAGCCAAUCUUCGACCGCAGGGGUUAUGGGAAAUCCCGUUCUAUUAGUCCUGAUAAGGUCGAAAAGUGCGAGGAUACCAUACGGUGGCUUGAAGAAAUCGCUGCCGGACGCCCCUACGAUGCCGCUGCAGCGCAAAUCGCAUUCGCGAUAAGCGCAAUGCACACGACGUCUGAACUUCUUAAACAGACGCUACUGGAUAUUUGUAUGCACCCAGAACUGAUUCCAGUUCUACGAGAUGAAGCACAGAAAGCUGUCGAAGAGAGUGGAUGGACAACUGCAGCCGUUUUCAAGAUGCAGCUACUGGACAGCGCAGUAAAGGAAACACAACGGCUCAAACCAGGGUCUUUAGUAAAUCUUGAGCGAAAAGCCCUACAAGAUGUCGUCCUUCCCAAGGGCUCGAUUAUCCCUCGCGGAACAAAUGUUGCCGUUGAUUCAUCCAUGAUGUGGGAUCCAGCAAUUUACCCCAAUCCAUCGUCUUAUGAUGCCUACCGUUUCCUUCGUCUUCGCAACUCCGGUAAUACUGCGGCAGCACUCGCAUCCACCAGCCCGGAACAUAUUGCCUUUGGAAUCGGCAAGCCAAUCUGUCCAGGGAGAUUCUUUGCUAGCAAUGAAGUCAAGAUUGCUGUUGCUAAGAUUCUUUUGACUUACGAUGUCAGGAUUCCUGAAGGGAUGACACCCAAGAUUAUUGAGAUGGGGUUUGAAAUGCUGAGUGAUCCAGAUGCAAAGCUGGAGAUUCGGAAGCGAAAGUGA